CUCGAAGUUUGAAGAUCAGUCUUGGGCGUCCAGGCAGUGACUGCGUACCCUCCCGACAAAGUUGGCAGACCUCCCCUCAAGACUUUCGACAGCAUAGCCACGCUUGUGCAGUAUUCAAGCCUACAACAUUUCUGCGCAGGACAUUGCACAACAGCAAGGACGCUGCGUCCCAUCGUCUGGAACCGAGCUUCUAAUCUGGAGGCACCCGGAGCCGAGUCUGGUAGCUCUCACCACUGUAGUUGCAAUCGAGCCGCAACUACCAGAACCAAACCAUGGCUCGGCUGAGAGACUCACGCUCACCAACUUCUCCAGGAAGCCAGCAAUCCAGAAGGCGCAGAGAUGAUGACAGAAGAGACCGUGGGCGCGACCGCGAUUGGGAUCGCGAUCGGGACCGGCGAGACCAUGGCAGGCUGAGCCGCUCGAGAAGUCCGUUUGAUCGCCGACAACGCGAGCGUGAACGACCCCGCGACCAUGACUUCCGCCGUCGGGACGACGACCACUACCGCGGAGGACGAGACCGGAGAAGGUCGCGUGAUCGCUACAAUGAUCGGCGCCGGAGCCGAGACAGGAACGGAGAUUCACACCGUGACAGGCGAGACGACUCCCGGGAUCGUGACCGAGCGCGGCGCGAAGGUACUACUGACUCUCAUCCCCGAAGCAGGCGCGGCGACAGCCGCGAUCGUGCAUCGGGAGCGACUGACAAUGCGAAACCAAAAGCUCCCGACUCCAAGCCAGCAGGCGGAUUGAGCGAAGCCGAGAAGAAAGCCGAACGACUAGCGAAACUGGCAGCAUGGAAGAAGAAGCAGGAAGAAAAGCAAGGGGAGAAGCAGAAGGAGGCGUUAGCGGCGGGGCCACGGCAACUGCUAACAGACCUGGACAACAAGUCGACUGCGGCAUCAUCCACUGCUACACCAACCGCAAACUCCCCAGGCACAGCCUCGCCUGCCGACGUAAUCUCACCCGCGACGCCCUAUGCUGGCAAAUUUGACCCAAAGGCUAUAGCCAAGAAGGCGGCCCAGAAGUCAGCCGCUCUGGGAAACGUGCCAGCUUCAAAGCUUGGCGCUAUCGUUCCUCAAACAACGGCUCUGGCUCCCGCUCCAUCACAACCGGUCAAGGUCUCUGCUUUAGCUCAGAACAGAGCAAAGGCUAGUGGGUUUGGGUUUUCAAAGCUGGCCACGGACACGGAUAAAGCACCCCAAAAGAGAAAGCUUAUGCUGGACGAAGACGAGGCAUCAGACCGAAAAUUAGCGAAGCUGCCCUCACUACCACUGCCAGGCGAGGACGACACAUCAUAUGAUGUCCAAGAUGAUGACGAUGACGACGGCGCCGACAACUUUGCUGGUGACGAAGAGGAGGAAGCUGCUGCCGCUCGUGCAGCUCAGGAGAGGCGAGAGGAGCGGAUGGCGCACGAAAAUGCAGAGAAGGCGUCUGAAAUGCAAAUCGACAGCGCCAACGGUACGACUGCGGAGCACACGAACGGGAACCUUUCUCAAGCCGCGACGACAGAGACGAUGGACGUCGACGAAGAGGAUGACGUCGAUCCCUUAGAUGCGUUCAUGAACGAUCUUGAAGCUAAACCGGCGCCAAGGCCAUCAACCAAGACGUCCCAAGCGAUGAAGAAGGAAACCGAACAGGAACCGGAAGCAUACUUCAGCGAUGAUGAUUACGACUAUCGCAAGAGUGACGGCCAGAACGAGUUCAUGAGUGCUCUCAAGGCCAAGGCACGCAAGAAGAAGGACAUCCCUGCCGUUGACUACAGCAAGAUUGAGCUGGAUCCGAUCAGGAAGAACUUCUGGGUAGAACCGGCCGAACUUGCCGACAUGACAGAGGCUGAGCUGGCCGACCUACGCCUCGAGCUCGAUGGAAUCAAAGUGACCGGCAAGGAUGUGCCGAAGCCGGUCCAGAAAUGGUCGCAACUCGCAAUGUCUCGGAAGACCCUGGAUAUUGUCGACAGCCUUGGUUUCGAGAAGCCCACGCCAAUCCAGAUGCAGGCUUUCCCCGCCAUCAUGUCAGGCAGAGAUGUCAUCGGUGUGGCCAAGACCGGCUCUGGCAAGACGGUGGCCUUCUUGUUGCCCAUGUUUCGACACAUCAUGGACCAGCGGCCUCUCAAGGAGAACGAAGGGCCUAUCGGUCUGAUUAUGACCCCUACACGAGAAUUGGCCACUCAGAUCCACCGCGACUGCAAACCUUUUCUCAAAGCCAUGGGCCUACGUGCUGUUUGUGCGUAUGGAGGAGCCCCAAUCAAGGAUCACAUCGCAGAAUUAAAGCGCGGUGCUGAGAUUGUGGUUUGCACUCCUGGCCGCAUGAUUGACCUGUUAGCUGCCAAUCAGGGCCGCGUCACGAACCUCAGACGCGUAACCUACGUUGUCCUGGAUGAGGCCGACCGCAUGUUUGACAUGGGGUUUGAGCCCCAGGUCAUGAAAAUCUUUGCGAAUAUGCGCCCGGACCGUCAAACCAUUCUUUUCUCUGCGACAAUGCCUCGUCUGAUUGAUGCGCUGACAAAAAAGGUUCUCAACCAACCUGUCGAGAUCACCGUUGGCGGCCGCAGUGUUGUCGCGAAAGAGAUCACCCAGGUCGUUGAGAUUCGUGAAGAGAACCAAAAGUUUGUCCGACUGCUUGAGCUUCUGGGAGAGCUGUACGACCAGGAUGAGGAUGCGCGCACACUAGUUUUCGUCGAACGGCAAGAGAAGGCAGACGAUCUUCUCAAGGAGCUGAUGCGCAAGGGCUAUCCGUGCAUGUCGAUCCAUGGUGGCAAGGACCAGAUCGAUCGCGACUCUACUAUUGAGGAUUUCAAGAAUGGAGUCAUCCCGAUUCUCAUCGCCACGUCCGUGGCGGCAAGAGGUCUGGACGUGAAGCAGCUCAAGCUCGUCGUCAACUACGAUGCGCCAAAUCACUUGGAAGAUUAUGUCCACAGGGCUGGACGUACUGGUCGUGCCGGCAAUACCGGCACAGCAGUGACAUUUGUAACAUCAGAACAGGAGAACUGCGCUGUGGGUAUUGCGAAGGCCUUGGAACAAAGCGGUCAGCCUGUUCCUGAGCAGCUCGAAGAGAUGCGGAAGUCCUUCAGGGAAAAGGUCAAGUCCGGGAAGGCCAAGGAUCAGUCUGGCUUUGGAGGCAAAGGCUUAGACCGUCUCGAUCAGGAGAGAGAGGCGACUCGUGCGCGCGAGCGGAAGUCCCACCGCACCGAAGGCGACGAGGAGGACGGCGAGAAGGAGGACAAGAAGAAGAGGUCAGAUGACAAGGCGGACAAGGCCGUCUCGGCGAUCAAGACUGCCGCCUCGGGCAUCACCUCGAGAGACGCGACCAAGACGGUCGACCUGGAGCUCAAGUACACGAUUGUCAAGCGAGACGAUGCGCCACCGCCUGCCGCCGUGCCUGCACCGACUGCCAGUAACAACCCGUUGGAUAAGGCAUCAGCAGCUAUCAAUGCGAUCAACGCCCGCCUUGGCAAGACAGGACAGUUCCGCACCGGACAGCCCGUGGACAACAAGGGUCCUGACGCGGGAGCGUACCAUGCGACUCUCGAGAUCAACGACUUCCCACAAAAGGCUCGCUGGGCAGUCACCAAUCGCACGAAUGUGGCCAAGAUUUUGGAGGCCACGGGCACAUCUAUCACAACCAAGGGCACGUUCUAUCCGGCGGGCAAGGAGGUGCCGCCGGGAGGCGAGGCCAAGCUCUACAUUCUGGUGGAAGGCGACACGGAGCUGGUUGUCGCCAACGCGAUGGAGGAGCUUACUCGCCUGCUCAAGGAGGGCACUCUGGCUGCGGCCGAUGCGGACAACCGCGCCCCUAUUGGAGGAAGGUAUACUGUAACAUAGAACCAUAUGAUCUGGGAGUUGUCAGGGUCCUGGCUGGCUGGCGGGAAAGCAUUCUUGGAACAGGAACACGUGUGGCGCGUGGGCUGUUCGGUAGGGCUCGUAAUUUAUAG